AUGGAGCUUGCCGGCCUUGUUAUAGGUGUCGCAGGCCUUUUCAGCGUCUGCAUGGAUGUCCUGGAUCGAGUGUCAACUUAUAGAGAGUUCUCGACUCAGUCACGGCAAACUGUUGUGAAAUUCGAGGCCAAUAAGGUCAGACUAAAGGACUGGGCGGCCUAUACUGGCAUUGAGAACGGAGUUUUAAAAGAGGACCAUCAUGUUCGCCUUGAUGAACCAGAGAUAUUAUCGGCCGUCAAGCUGGUGCUGGAAGAGAUCAGGACGCUUUUCGACUCAAUAGAACGUUCACAAUCUCGGUUACGGCUGCCUCAAGUUGUGGUAUCUUCUGCAGAGAGUGGUGGAGAGGCGAGCAAGGCUAGUUCUAAAUCUUCCAUUAGGGGUGGCAUUAGCUGGGCCCUGAGAGGAAAGGGAAGCUUUACAUCACAGGUUGAAAUGUUUGGGGAGUUUGUCAAUACGCUACAUAAUCUACUUCCUAAAGAGAAAGAUGGAUCAGAUACUCUUAUCAAAGACUUCAAGGCCUUGCUCAUAGAAACACGACAGAGUUCUCUUGUGCAAACGCAGAAGAGAGCUGAUGAAUGGCUGGAUGCCCCUGAAAUUGAACAGCAAUAUGAGAGGCAUUUAACGGCUCGUCUAGAUGGCACUUGUAACUGGAUUGCUAGAGAGCCUGCCUACAAAACUUGGGAAUCAGAUGAUUUCCCUCGGGAGACUGCCAAAUUUCUCUGGAUAUGUGGUCCAGCAGGUUCUGGGAAAUCUGUCCUAUGUGCAAAAAUCAUCCAGCAGUUUACUGAGAAGUCAAACCACACAGUAGUGUAUUUCUUCUCUACAGGUCAUGUCCAGACAGGAGGACACCCAGAUGGCGCGAUACGAUCCUGGAUUUCUCAGGCUAUGCGGCGUGAUGGACAGAUUUUAGAACUGGUCCAACAAGCAAUGGACCGUGUUGGUGCAGGGAGAAGGGCGUCUCAGUCCGAAGUCUGGAAACUAUUCAGAGAAAUUGCGUCCGGUGCCAUCCCUUUUACCUUUGUUCUAGACGGGCUAGAUGAAUACGAAGUACGCGAUGACGAACGAGCUCAGCUACUUCGAGGAUUGAAGGAGCAGGCAAAAGGCUCUAAAUGUCGAGUGCUAAUUGUGAGUCGGAAUGAAGUGGAUCUGAAUCAAGAAUUGUCCCCUCCUCUCGGGGAUAAAGGGGGGAACAUCAUGCUUGAGUGUCAAAUCUCAAAGUCCAAAAUCCAGUCUGAGAUUCAGCUCUACUCGGAAAGCAUCGUCAAUAAGAAACUUGGGAAGAAAAGCGCUUCGCUUCGGCGAGAGUUAGCUUCUCAGAUGGCAGAGAAGUGUGAAGGAAUGUUUCUUUGGAUCAAGAUGCAACAAGACCAGCUUCGUAGCGGCAAAAAUGAGAAACAGCUUCGAAACAUAGUCUCAACUAUGCCAACUGGACUCCAUCAAAUAUACGAGCGCAAUUGGGCAAGCAUUCAACGGCGGCCAGACGACGAAAGGCGCCGCGCCAUGUCCAUUCUCCGUUGGGCUACCUUUGCGUACAAGCCGCUGCAAUUAUCGGAGUUGGCAGGGGCACUUGCUAUUUACGACGAGAACGAUGAGGACCUAGGAGGCGGGGGAGAGGAAGAAGGCGAUAGUGAUGAUGAUCCGGAUGCCGAUGAAGCUCCUGAAUUUCCUAUGGACGAACUCCCUGAAGAGAUUGAUGAAGAUUAUGUUAACGGAGAAAUCAGGGACCUUUGUGGCUCAUUGAUUGAAGUUCGAAAUGACAGGGAAAAAGAGCGAAGUGGCCUCCUUGGCCAGUUUGAUACCCCUCAGGCCUAUGGAACGAUCCAUUUAGUCCACGCUUCAGUUAAAGAAUACCUUCACUUGAAGUUUGCAAGCGCUGGAGAUAUUUCGAGUCCAGGCAAACUGUCGCCCGGCGCUGCCAGCCUGGCUAUGCAACACAGUGUACUCGCAAAGACUUGUGUUCGUUAUCUUACCUAUUCCGAGGUAUGGGACCGUGAUGUGCUGCCCGAUUUUGACGUCGGCUAUGAUGGGUCAUUCCUUAAUUAUGCGGCUACUUCAUUCGAUACACAUGCGCUUGCAGCUGGGAAGGAUAAUCAGUUGACUCGGCAAAUAAGCCGUUUUUUCCACAAGAAUCCCAACUUUAGUCGGUGGAAGAGUCAUGUUAAAGGUACAGGGGCGGGUCCACUGUAUCAUGCCUGCCGACUUAGGUUGUUGGAUAUAGCUAGGAUUUCCUUGAAAGAAAAAAGAGAAGACCCAAACGCUCUUGCUGGGCGAUUUGGGACUGCGUUACAAGUGGCCUGUUUUAAUGGUGACCUUGCACUUGUCGAAUUGCUGAUCGCUUCCGGGGCCGACGUUAACUUAGAAGGGGGAGUGUAUGGAAGCGCGGUGAAUGCCGCCAUUGCCAAAGGAGAUAACCGCAUUAUAUCCUACCUGAUUGGCAAGGGUGCCAAAUUAGAUUCAAAGAGCACAGAGGGGCAGACUGUUAUUCACCUUUCAGCAAAGAACGGGGACACCGAAUUGCUGGAGCGCCUACUGUGCAACGACGCUGAUAUCACAAUAGCCGACAAUGAAGGGGUGACACCGUUGCACCUGGCGGCAUCUAGUGGGAGUUUAGGCACCGUCAGAUUUCUACUAGAAAAGGGUGCUAAUAUCGCAGCAGUUACAUCGACGGGGCGGACGCCUUUGUGUUAUGCGUGCCGAAUGGGUCAUACUGACACCGUCAAGCUCCUUGUAGGAGAGGGAGCAGAUAUCCAUCAUUCUCCAUCAUCCGGAAAUACCCCGGUAUAUGAAGCUGCCUAUCAUGGCUGUGUUGAGACUCUCCAGUAUCUUAUCAACCAAGGUGUCGUGGUUACUGCUGAAUGUAGAGCGCUGAAACAUGUAGCUGAAUGGGGUGAUGCAGGUAUCGUCGAACUUCUCGUUAACGCAGGGGUAAGCCUUGAAGAUGGGGUGGGUGAUAAAGCAUUGUCCGCUGCAUCUAGGCGUGGUUUCGUCGAGAUUGUCCGGUUCCUUUUGGACAAAGGAGUUCCUGUAGAGAAUGUCCGUGACGAGUUCACUCCACUAUACCAUGCAGUCGACUAUGGCAAUACUAGCGUGGUGAAACUCUUGUUAUCCAAACAGGCAAACCCUAAUCAUCACCCUCCGGCGACAGAAUAUUUCUCUUAUGACUCAAUGUUAGUUUGCGCAACCCGUAGGGGCUUCGUUGAAAUUUGCAAAGCUCUCCUCAAAGCGGGAGCAAACGUGGACCCCGAGCACAACUUCAAGAUUAGCCCGCUUAGCGAAGCAAUUUUCCGGGGCGAGGUUGAACUGGUUCGUCUGCUCUGUCUUGCGGGAGCUGACCCUGACAAAAGUUGCAGGUUGAGAAAAACACCUUUACUCCAAGCUGUUCUCAGCGGUAACAAGAUUAUUUUUAUGUAUUUGCUUCGGAAUAUGGGUGGCAGAAGAGGCUGCGCUGUACCAAAGAAGUAUGGGACUUUGCUGAAUGCUGCUGCGUACGGCGGAAAUCUUAGCAUUAUUCAGAUUCUGGCCAGUAUUAGCGGACCUACACAGUAUAGCGAUCGUCAAGGAAGGAAUCCUGCCCACUUCGCUGCAAGAGGUGGCCAUGCAGAUGUGUUAAAGUACUUUCUUGACAACGGCAUUGAUCCACAAUCUACGGACAACACAGGACGCGGAAUUGUCCACCAUGCUGCCUGCGGUGGCUGUGUAGAGACGCUACGUGUAGCACUCGAGGCACAGCCGCCAGACACCAAGUUUAAUGAAAGCAUCUGGUCACCUUUACACUGGGCGUGUAAGGGCGGAUCUGUCGAAAUUGUUAAUUUGUUGCUGGAGUACGGCGUGAAAGAGAGCAUAGUCACUACCACUGACGAACCAGCAGCGGAGUGGACUCCGUUUCGGAUUGCUGUAUUCUACCAAAACAAGGGUUUGGUGAGGAACUGGAGUGAAACGCGAUGCAAAUUGGACGAUAGCAUCGUUGUCAUGGCGGAUCAUACGGUAAGUUUAGCUGGCUGUCACUGGUGUUUUCAUGUAAGUAAUCUGCACUUUCUGUUGAUUCAUUGUAAUUGCUGA